AUCACCACCAGUGAGCGGCCCAGAACGUCACACGCCGAGUAGCGCAGCGUCUGCCGGAACUGCGGCUCCAGACUGCCGCGUACCGCGCGCGUCUUCCGCUUCUGUAGCCAGCGUUCACCGUCGCGCAGGGUAUUCAGAGCACAGAAGAGAGUGAUUAGAAUAAUGCUCAAAAAACCGCCUGGAACUCCAUGUAGAGAAUUAUUCCGAUCAACAGGGACGCUCACACUACCUUGCCUGUAUAUUCUGGAGUCUGUAGCAUUUGGUCUCAAGCAUGCAUCGACGUGGACAAGAGGUGCUGACCUACACAAUUAUAACACGCGCUCAAGGAACACCUAUCGAAUACAACAACAUAGGACAUCGUUCUACGAGAAAAAUCCAAUUCACAUGAGCCAAAAAAUGAUCAACUCCCUGCCGCACCAUCUUAAGGACAUUGACAAUAGAGUGCAGCUCAAGAAAAAAUUGAAGGACUGGCUGGCUGAUAAGUGUUUUUAUGACAUGAAUGACUUUUUGUUGUGAUUUUAUUUUUGUAAUAUGUAAUUUUAUUUUGUAAUAUGUGACGAUUGCCAAAUAACUUUAUUGUUGUACAUGCAAAGAGUAAUAAAUUC